CGUUGUUCCUUCGUUUUCAACCACCGUAUGGAAAUUUCCCUAUACUGUCGAAUCGCGCAAAACGUUGUCUAGUUAUUUCCUUCUCUCGUCGGACGAAAUAUAGAUUUUUUUUAGCGAAAAUAUUAGAAUGUUAGUACGAAUGGAUUUUAUGACAACACAGCUACUCUAGUUGAAAGUUGAAAGAUUGAAACUGGAAGAUCAGCAUAUCAAUUUGGCGUUAUAGAUUAAUACGAAUUUAUUUUAAAAAAUGCGUAUGUAAAGUUAAGAAUAUAUAAGCUGAGAUUCUUUGACUGAAUUUCAAGACAUUCAUUUACACGGUCAGUAGCGGAGUAUCCUUUGUAUUGUCAUCCAUUCUUACGGUUCUCGUGUUUUCUGGAAUGCAAAUAUAUAGAACUUGGUUAGCAUCGUCACAACUUUAUACCAUAUUGGGCGGAUAUAUUGGAUCUAUAUUAUUUAUGUGCGUAUUGACUGCUAUUGGAAAUCUAGAAUCUACGGUAUUUGGAAAAUCUUUUCAACAAAAAUUAUUCCCUGAAGUUAUGUUCUCGUUAAUUAUCAGUUUAAUCGCAUCAGGAUUAGUGCACAGAGUGGCAACUACCACCUGCUUUCUGUUUUCGAUGAUCGCGUUAUAUUACAUCAACCGGAUUUCUCAAGAAACCUAUGCUGCACCUGUGCCUACAGUAUUGGUACAUACGAAGAAAAGAAAAUGAAAAUAUAACCUAAAUUCACCAUAAUCUCUAUUUAAUUGUAUUCGGAAGAAAUAAUUCAUAUAAAAUCGUUUAACUAUAA